UGGGCCUAAUCAUGACCGGCACUGUGUGUAUGACGACAGUAACAUGGUGGACGGGGUAUACUGCCAUCCGAUUGGUCACUGGAUCGAAGAGACAGGCCACACAGAUGAGAUGAAACACACUACCAACUUCUACUUUAGCAUAGCGGGACAGCAAGCCAUCCACUUCUCUCAGGUGCUGCCACGUGUCUGGUUGGGCAGCUGCCCUCGACGGGUCGAACAUGUAACCCUAAAACUGAAACAGGAACUGGGUGUUACAGCAGUGAUGAACUUUCAGACAGAAUGGGACGUCGUAAACAACUCACAUGGCUGCCGGCGUGACCUCAGUCAACCCAUGAGCCCAGAGACCAUGACACACCUGUACAAAGACUGUGGCCUUUCGUACAUCUGGAUCCCCACUCCAGACAUGAGCACAGAAGGUCGCACAAAGAUGCUGCCGCAGGCCGUGUUCUUGCUCUAUGGACUGCUGGAGAACGGUCACACAGUGUAUGUUCACUGUAACGCAGGAGUGGGUCGUUCCACUGCGGCCGUGUGUGGACUCCUGAUGUAUGUGUUAGGCUGGAGACCCAGGAAAGUGCAGUACUUCCUCACUGCCAGAAGAGCGGCAGUCUAUAUCGAUGAAGAAGCACUGGUGAGGGCCGAAAAUGACUUUCAUGUGAAGUUUGGACGACUCCGUCCAUCUGUCUGCAACCCAGAGACAUAAGAGCAGCGCCCUCUACUGGAUGGGAGGACAUGGGGACUUCAGUUUUAUAAUGUGAAAGCAGUUAACACCAUUAAAAAACUAGAUUUCAAUAUUGUCACACAUUGAUUACUUAUAAUCCAGUGUUUUUAAAAAUACCCCAAUAUAUUGUUUGUACACUGCCCUUCAAAAGUUCAGUUCCAAAACAUAU